AAGAAAGAAAAAAAGAAAGAAACAAGAAAAAGCUGUGGUGGGCCCAUAAAAAUGUUAUGGGCUGCACGCAUGCAAGUCUGAUGUAAAACAACCAGAGGCAGAAAGGCUAACAUUACAUAAUGGAAGGUUUUUAUUGUGUGAAGUCUUCUUAACAUGCCUUUUGGCGUGGUGACAAAUAGAAGUUUAUUAUUGAAGUACACCAUUUGGCGCCUUGGUUUUAUUGUAACCCAUUGGAGGGGAAAGUGCCAUGUUUGACGGACACAGAGUCCUUCCCUGAAUUCCCUUUUAAUCAACUACAAGUCGAGCGCCUGACUCUGAACAUCUCAGUUUAGGAGGAGUUUGUGACUCCUGCGGCUCACCUAGGACCUUUUACCUAAACGCUUUUCACAACGUGCGAGUUGGGCUGUUGUGCUGCUGAGAACUGCGGAGACUUUUUGAAGUGCAAAGUCCAGUAUCCUGGCAAAGCAAACACUUUCUGGGACAUGAGCCAAACGACCAGAGAGUUAUUUUGUGCCAAAAUCUGGCCAGAGGAUAGGAAAUCAUACACAGGCGACGUCGUGAGCGCUGCCAGUAUGGCGCAAAAAACUGAAGAAAGUCGCGUCUAUUUCACCAAAACCCCGGCUGGAAGCAGUGCCGCGAGUUUGGCAGAAUCCGAGAAUGCAAACCUGUACGGACACAUUAUUCCGCUAGCCUGUGACAUGGAGAAACGCUGCUGCCAGACAGCUGCUGCCCCUCAGGAGGAGUUAAGCGCUGAGUGCCGAGUGGGCGACAGUCGCUCCUUUUCUGCCUGCGCCACAAUCUCAGAAACAGCCAGGGAGCUCUGCAAAGCUGUGUCCGUGUCUCUGGGUCUGGCCAUGGAGUCCGGUGACACGAGCGAGACGCACGUUUCUCUCCCCCAGUGUGCCGCAAAUGACCAAAUGAGCGCAGAGUAUUUAUUCGGGGUGGAAGCCGUGCCUGCGAACUGUCCCGGAGCCCCGGCUUCUCUCUCCGAGUACAGGUGUCCCGAGCGAGAUGAGCGCCCGCCACACGACCACAAGCAACAGGUGAAAAUGCUCAAAAGUUCAGAGCCCGCGGCGGCUUUUCAUCACCUCAGUUCCACGGCGACAUCUGUGAACGCGCAAAACUUCACGCUGUGCGAGGCUGAUGACAUAACUCCGAAAGAGAUAGAUCAUCUGGACAUAGCGUGCGCUGCCUCUUGCCCUUACGCCCCAGCUGCGCCGGAACCUUUGGCACAGUUCGGGCCCGCGGCUGCACAGAGACCGUGCAGAGCUUACAACCCAGUGGAGGAAGCGGGAGACGUCGGGGAUGCCGGGAGAAUAGGUCCGUGGGGUUUCAGGCAGAACGGUACGGCGUCAAAGUCAAAUCUGAGGGAAGUGCAUCUGCAGGGGCGUUAUGGGUCAGCAGGCCUAAUUACAGCCGGCGACAAGUACAACUCGCAGUUUUGGGGGUCGAGGCAGUGCAUGAACUUGCAGAGUUCGGGAGCGAACUCCGCGUUUAUAUGCAAUCCUUAUGACGGGACCGUAAUGCGCCGUGAACAGUGGUACCCUGGCGGGAUGCUGAGGACGCCUUAUCCCAACUCCAACUACAUGAAGGGUGAGGUCGGCGAAUGGCUGGAUGUCACUUACAACGACACCAGGUUUGAGUCCAGUAGAGAACACAUGUUUCCCAUGGAGUUCUUCUUUCCCCCACAGAGGACAUGCCUCAUCUGCUCGGACGAGGCAUCUGGCUGUCAUUACGGCGCACUCACCUGUGGCAGCUGCAAGGUUUUCUUCAAAAGGGCUGCUGAAGGCAAGCAGAAAUACCUGUGUGCAAGCAAGAAUGACUGCACUAUUGAUAAGCUAAGAAGAAAGAACUGCCCCUCCUGUCGCCUGAAGAAGUGCUUUGAAGCUGGGAUGACUCUUGGAAAAUCCAGUGUCAAGCUUGCUCUGCAGUCUGUCCAGAAGAGCGCAGUCCCAAAGA